AAGGAGUUGUCAUUUCUUCUCUCUCUUUCUCUCUCUUUAUUACACAUUUUCGCGACCACUUUCACUAUUUUUUGCUCCAAAAAAUAGAUACAAUGGCGGGUAUCGAUACUCCUAGUACCGUGUCUGUUCAGAUUACAAGCUCAAUGACUUCUUUCACAUCAGAAAAGAGGUUGCAAAGAAACGAAACGAUCUCCACUUUAAAGGGGAAACUGGAACUCAUCACGGGUUGCUCAGCAAUGACAAUGGAAAUUCAACUUUUAGACACAGAAGGAAAGUUCUUAUGUAUUCUUAAUAACGAGGAUGCUUUACUUGGUGCUUAUCCAGUUGACAAUAAUAUGAGAUUACAUGUUGUGGAUAAAGACCCUGCGAAAAAGGCAGGAGAAUUUGAAGACUUAUCUGCGGUAGAAAAAUAUGAGAUGAGCACUGAAGAUUAUUCAAAGAGAACUGACUCUGUGAGAGCCUUCAAAGAAAGAAAUAAGCUGGGCCAAUUUAAACAGAAAACACCUGAAGAAAUUCAACAGGAGAAAGAGAAGGAACAACAGGAAGAAGCUGCCGCUAAAGCUAUUGCCGUUGGUUCUCGGUGUGAGGUCAGAGUUACUAAUCAACCUUCUAGGCGUGGUGUGGUCAUGUUUGUAGGCCACACAGACUUCAAACCAGGCUGGUGGGUUGGUGUUAAGUAUGAUGAACCUUUUGGGAAAAAUGAUGGCAGUGUUGCUGGAAAGAGAUAUUUCACCUGUCCACAAAAAUAUGGUGGAUUUAUCAAACCUAAGGAUGUUACUGUUGGUGAUUUUCCAGAGGAAGACUUGGGAUUUGAAGAUGAUGAAAUUUAAAAAGCCAAUUGCAGUUCAAGCAACGCAACUGUCGAAUGACUGAAGCAAAUGAUGUACAGUCGAUUGGAUUUCAAUUGAGUGUCAUACAUGUAAAACCCAAACCACUCAAUCAAAACUCGAAGUUAUUACGCGUAGCUGACGCAAAGCAUGUGAAAGGGUGUGUGAACAAGUUGUGAUUGGUUUUGGUUUUACAUGUACUUCUGAUUGGAUGAAAAAGUGGUGCGAGUUUUUAAGCCAAUUAAUUGUGUAGUGUAGUUGAUGCAAAACCACUUUUUUUAAUUUUAACACUCAAAUGAAAACCGCUCUAUCGAUGAGCAGAUUAACAGUACUUCAUCUUCUUGUUGCUAUGACAGCAUGAAAAAUCUUGAGACUACAAGUGAAUUUCUUUAUAAAAUGGACAAUUUGUAGGAAGUUGUAUUAUGUUACUACAUGUAAGUGAUGGAAGAAAAUAGUGACAGUCCAUUAUGGAUGAUACAGUCAUUGCCAGUUACCAGUAUUUAUGUCAAUUUUCAGAACUGGCCACUUAGUUUUAAGGUGAUUCCCUAGAAAUAACACUUGAUGUUAGAUUUUUUUCAAAUAUUUUGUGGUUGUUCCUAAUAAUGCAGGUAUUUGAUAUACAUGUGCGAUAAAAAACAUAUGUUACGGUGCUUGUUUAAGAGUUAUAUUUUGUCAAAGGUACAUCAAAAAUCCGUGUAAUGGUACCCAGUAAGUGUGUUUUUCUUUUUCUGAAUGCUGCUACUUUUCGGGGUAUCACUGGCCAAAGACAUGGAGUUGAUAUUACAAUGUCUCAAUAGAUACAUUGCAUCAUCUUAAAGGAACAAUUUGAUGUUUCUUGGCCAAAAUGUUCAUCUUAGAUCAGAGUUGACUAAAAGUUUUUCUAGCGUGUAUCUUCUAGGGGUGGUAAGGUUCAGGUUAUGAGUGAAAGGGUAAGUAAACAUUUUUGGCAUUAUUUUUUUUUUACCUGACAUCAAAAUUUUUUCUUACUCAUUCAGUGGAAUGGCAAUGAAUUAUAGACUAAUUUAAUGCAAUAAAAAAAGGUACCUUACAGUGCCUGUUUAAAAGAAAGCAAGCAUUAAUUUUGCUGUCAAGCUUAGCUUGACGGAAAUCUCUUACAUCGUGUGUGUGCAUGCGCUAAUGACGUGAAAAUCGUGUGCAGUAGGGAUGCGCAAUGCAAUACUGAGGAAUCACCUUAUUGACCUUAAAAGGUUUUUGAUGACACAAAAAGGUCAUCUCAUGAAGUCAGAUGUUAUUUUAUUUGAAUACAUAUUAAAUAAAACUAAAAGAAGAUGGUCUUUUGGAACUUGCAAUGGACAUAAAUAUAUUUUACAUGUACAUUUUGGGGCAGACUCAUAUCCUGCCAUGAUCUUGUCUUAGGUUCUUUUAAAGAAGUUAACAUUUGCUUUAGCACAACGUUUUCAGAACCCCUUGGCAUUCCAGUGUAAUUUUUAUAGACUGAAGUUUGCUUUUAUUGUCAGCCUGGUCCAUUUACCAGGUUUUGUAGUAAACAUUUUAUUUAUUUGAUUGAAUAAACUGAUGUCACUGUCAAGACAAGGCCAGGACCCUCAGCUUUUUGUCAGCCUAUAGUUCAGUGCGCUACACCAUUUUGGAUUUGUUUUUUGAAUUUCAUCGCGGCCGUCCGGGCUAAAAUUUCCCAUAUGAAAGGACUCAAAUGAAUAGUAAACAUGUUUGGUGUGCCAAAAAUGGAGGAAAAAGUAAUGCAACAGAUCUGUUAGUUGAGGUCUUUGUCCAUAUCACUCAAAUUCCCCAAAUUAUAGAGCAGUACAUUUUCUUAAAUUCUGAACAGAGUGGCAAACAUUGCAAGCUUUAAAAAUAGCAAAUAAAAACUACAAGUUACCACAUUA